GGUCCAGACGACCCCUUUUGUUGGCCAAAAUUCAAAUUUUAAAAGUUAAAAUAUCGAAGUCAUUUUAAUCGCAUUUUAUUCGGAGAAGACCGACUAUCAAUGCUGCAUACUAAAAAUUUUUAUAGAUGGCGCCACAUUCACGAAAUCGGAACUUAAACUCAGCUGGUCAUACUGAAAAAAGUUUGAAGUGUAAAAGUGAAAAAAAAGAGUCUUUUUCAACAUCACAUUGCGCAAAAAAUACAACAAUUUUACCAAUCUUUAGACAUGAAUAAGAUUCAGUGGGGUUUGUACUACGUGUUGUGUAUAAUGAAAUGUUAUAUAUUGUUGUGGUGUCUUCGUAGUUAUAUGUUAAAGUGAAUCGUCUGAACUGUGAAAAUUGUGUAGAAAUCUCGUUUUUAAAAAGCUGUAGAAAGUGAGUCCAGCCUAGUCCAACCUUGAAACCUUUUGUACGUCGUAGAGUAAUUAAUUAUCUUUCGAUUGUAUAUAGUCAGAAUUGCCACUUUUAACCACUUUCUUUGGAAUUUGCGUUUUUAGCUCAUAACCUAAAAUUCAACAACGCAGAAUUGUUUGAAAUAUGGAAGUCUGUGAAGACCCAAGAACAAAAGUACAAAGCAAUUCUUGAUUUUUUUAAAUCUAAAACUAGUGGCGAAAUAUUUGAGAAAAAAAUGCAAGCUUUUGAGGAUGCCAGUAAGAAAAUAUGCUACCGUUUAACGGUAAAAUGGAAGAAUUGCAGAUCGAAUGCAAAGCUAUUUCAAAGGAGACGUAAAUGCAGCCGUAUCGAUAAUAUUUGUGAUGUUUUCCAUCGAGCCAUGGAUACAUCUGAUCCAAUCAUUUCGUCAGUCAACCUGGAUAGACGCAUUCAUAACCCAAAAAAAAUGAAGCUCCCACCUGAAGUCUUGGAUAUGCUCUUAUGCGAAGGGGGCCCAAGUGAAGACUUCGAAUAUGAAGAGGAAUUCGAUGACAGUCUUAAAUACGAACUAAAUUUUGAACUAGAGAAUGAAAAUCAAGAGCUUUUACAACAUUUGGAUCCCUGAAGCUGUUUCCUUUAUGUGGAACCCUUAAUUUCAUUGAUUUUUAUUAAAACUGUAUAUUAAUAUUAUGUUUUUGAUC